CUCCAGGAGCACAUGCACCAUCUCCGGCGGCACCACCCACUCCGUGCAUGACCGUGCGUGUCAGUACCCGAUCGAUACGUCAGGUGACCCCCUCCCCGUAUAGACCCUCGUCCCUCUCUCCCUGUCUCUCCCCCUCUCCAGCUGGAUAAAAUCUCCGGUUAGCCGCCGGCGUGCUUUCUGAUCAGUUAGUUAGUACUGCGCGUGAUGGUGCGGGGGAAGACGGUGAUCGAGAGGAUCGAAGACACGACGAGCCGGCAGGUGACCUUCUCCAAGAGGAAGGGCGGGCUGUUCAAGAAGGCCAGGGAGCUGGGUGUCCUCUGCGACGCCCAGGUAGGGAUCCUCCUCUUCUCCAACACCGGGCGCCUCUAUGAGUACUCCAACUCCACCUCCGGAGUUAAUUCCAUAAUUGAAAGAUACCAAAAGGUUAAGGAGGGCCAACAAUUCAUGAGUGCGAGCGCUGAGGCUAAGUUUUGGCAAGCGGAGGCAGAGCGUCUGAGGCAACAACUACAGAACUUGCACGAGGAACAUAGACAGUUGUUGGGACAAAAUCUACCUGGCUUAGGUUUGGAAGGCUUGAAGGGUUUAGAGAACCAACUGGAAACAAGCAUACAUAACAUUAGGCUAACAAAGGACAAGCUUAUUAUUGAUAAAAUUGAAGAGUUAAACAAGAAGGAAAGCCUUGUAUACCAGGAAAAUAUCGAGUUACACAAGAAACUUAACAUCAUUCGUCGAGAGAAUAUGGAUUUGCAAAACAAGUUAAAUCGCCAGGUUGAAGUAAACGGGAUUAUUACAAGUUCUACUAGCCAGUACAAUAUUGCUGCUCGAAUUGAUCCAGUUCAUUUGGAACUCAGCCAUCCCGACCAUGCAGAAAGGAAUGAGCAACCACAAUCACCAACGCUGUGUUUAUGACUAGCAGCUGACGGAUUCAUAAAUAAGAGGCUCGAAGUUUCUACAAGGACCACCGGAAGGUCGAGGAUUCAUGUGCCAAUUCUGUUUCUAAAUCAAGUGUGGAAGUUCAUGUUUCCAUUGGGACGAUUGAUGUGCUAUGUCUACCAAUGUAUUGUAAAAAUAAACUACCAUUGGGAGAUUGGUAGUGGCUCCAUGUAUUUUUUUUUCUUGUUAUUAAGAAAGCAACAAGAAUAUGCUGUGUUGAAUCCGGGAUGCAUAAACUUGCAUUCAAAUAAAAUAAU